UAUUAUAAUUACUUACUCUCUCUGUUCCCAUUUAACUGUCCAGGAAGAGAAGAAACACACAUAUUAAGGAGUGCAAUUAAUUUUGUUACUUUUCAUAAAAGUAUUAUUUGAUUUCCUAUUUCACCCUUUAAAAUGCAUAUUAUCUUCCUCAUUUAUUGUUCCUACAAGGGCAUUUCUUGGAAAAACAUCAUUUAAUGCUCUCUUGAAACUCUAAGUGGACAGAUAUAUAGGAACAAUUUUUUCUCUUCAAAGUGGACAGUUAAUAAGAAACGGAGGAAGUAUUAGACAAUUGGCUUCGGUCAUAGUUCGUUUUCGUUUCACUCAAAUUUCUUUAUUACAUUUGUCCUUGAUAUUAAUCAGGACUCCGGAAUUCUUACAAUUGCACCCCGAUCCGAACUACUCACCCCUAAAUACAAUCCCACAUAUACCUUUUAAAUGUGUCCGAGAUGGUGUUCAGUACCAUGGACGCUUAGUGUCAACAAUAAAUGCGGCAAACUUCAAUAAUAUGGGAUGCAAACAGAGAAUCACGCUUCCAAAACAAAAUGGUUGUGGAUUCUGUUUUACGGAAAGGGCAUGAGGCUGAACAUAAUCUGGACAAAGACAUAUGCCACAAUUGCAUAAUGUUGAGCAAAAAAUGCAGACACAAUUCAACAAUUAAUGCAUUUACGUGCAACAAAGACCCGACCGAGCAAUCUGAUCCUAAUAUAGGAAAUGAAUGGAGUCGGAAGAUCAGGAAGAUUAUUGUUAUUCUUAUUAUAGGUGUUGCAGAUGUAGCAUUUAUAUCAUUCGCGACAUGUUUUGUGAUUAGCUGUUUUAGACCCAAGUUAACACGUGAAGGAGAUUAUGAGUUGCUUGAAAAGUGUAACCAAUGUGCUGUAGAUAUUGGAUCAAAUCAUAACAAGCUAAAGAGUGUACAUCAGUAGGCGUCGAUAAUUUGAUUAGCAAUAAGCUAGGAGAUGGUACUUUUAGCAAUGUGUACAAGGGAAUCUUGCCCUGUGAUUGUGAGGUGGCUAUAAAGAUUUUAAGAGCUUCUAAUGAAGAUGAUGAAGAUUUCAGAAAUGAAGUAAUGAGGAUAAGUAACACCAACCACAAGAAUGUUAUUGCUCUUCUUGGGUAUAUUGUGGAAGGCUCAUGAAAGACCUUCCAUGAUUAGGGUGGUUAAUAUGCUGGGAAGUGACAUGGAUCGCCUACAUUUACCCUAUAACUCAGAAUUCCAUUUAGGGUAAAUAUUCCAGCUUUGUACACUACAAGAAAACUGGUACUUUGCGGCGGUCGUUUUGCGGCGGUUUUCCUGCAACCGCUGCAAUAUUACCAUCUGCGGCGGUUGAUGUGGCGGUUUAGGUAGCCGUCGCUGUUAUAUAGAUUUUGCGGCGGUUUUUAAACGUUCAGCGGCGGUUUAGGAGUGUUUUAUUUUGUUUUAUUUUAUUUUGUGUAGUUUGCGGCGGUUUAAGGAAGCAACCGCCGCAGCUUGCCCUAAUUUUGGCUUCCCACUCGCAAUUCACUUUCCCUCUCGCUCGUUUUUCUUUCCCUCUAACUCGUUUUCGUUUCCCUCUUAGUCUUAAUUGAAUCCCCAAAAACCUCAAAGCCCUUAUUUCUGCCGCCUCUGAACUCACUCACAGUUUCUUCAUCCCCAUUCACUCAUCCUGGCUUAGGUUCGUCCAUCUUUUUCUCUCCUCUUCCCUUCUCUUCAGUGUUGGUAUCCCUCUCGCACAGUCAUUUUUCCUCGGCCAGGCUCAGGUUGGUCCUUAUCUUUCUCUUCUCUUCUUUGAUUUGGGUUUUGCUCUUUCAGAUUUGGUGUUGGUGUUUGUAUCCCUCUCGCACAGAUCUUCGCUUCCUCGGCCAGGUUCAGGUUCAUCCCUCUCUUUCUCUUGCUCUUCCUCUUCUCUUCUCUUCUUUUCCCUUCCCUUUCCUUCUUUGAUUUGGGUUUUGCCCUCUUGCACUCAACAAUCGUUGUUUGGAAGCCAGGUACAUCCCUAUCUUCUCUGAUUUCAUGGCUUUUUUCUGUUUGGACUGCAUUGCUUGUGAAUUUUUCUGUCAAGAUCUAUUCUUGGUAAAUUAAUUGGUCUGGUAUUAUGAUAUUUCACUUGUGCUGUCAAGUUAUGUUCUUGGUAAAUUCCAUUUGUCUUGAUUCCCUAAUUUAUGCUUUCCCUUUUUUCUCCUUUGUGCAAUCAUUCUCAUGCUUGCUGCUGAUAUGAAAAUAUAGUAUAGUUUCUUUCUGCUUUUUCCCAUGCUUGUAGAUGAUAUAGUUUCUUUCUGCAUUUUCCCAAGAAUCCAUCCUUUUAGGGUUUCUUUUUUCAUGGCAAGGUUUUGGCACCCACUCUUAACCUUCUCCUUUGCCUCGCUCUGGUGAUAAAAGCAUUUCUAAUAGUUCCAUCUUUAGUAUAUUUACAUUACCUUCAUUUUGGACAUAUAAGUCUAUCUGUGGUUUAAUUUAUCAUGCAUUUGAUCUCAACGCUUAAUCUAAUGAUUCUCUCCGUGGUUUUAUUUAUCAUUUGGUUUCAUUUUGUGUGGAUAUAGAUACUUAGAUUUAACUGAUGGAUAUUUACUUAUGGCUUCGUCUCAUUGUUAUUGUUGAGCAGAGGAGGAAUGUUGUGAGUCACUCUUCUAAUCACCCUCACCUAUUUUGGUUGCUUAUUGUCCUAGAUCCCGCUUGGAUAUGCACCAAAGAGCACUUAUUGGAGCUUUUUCACUAAAAGAAGCGCUACAUAAACUUUAAUAAGUUCUCUUUAAUU